AUGGUAGCCACAAUACUCGCAGUCAUUGCUAUUUAUAUCGCAAUACGCUCCUGGAAAUUGAAUAGAAGAUCGCGGAAUGGCAAUGACAUCGAACUUCAAUCCCUCACAACACCGCAACCGCAACCGGCUUCACCUACAUCAUAUACCGACGCAGCCGCGCAUCCUGGGACGGCUUCGCAUCCACCUCCCAUAAACCGAGCCCUGAGUGAUACUUUUGAAGCCGUUGCGAGAGUGUUGAGAGUUGGUGCGUGA